CAUCUCGCCUCAGUGUCUACCGGGAUGACCUGGCACCGGCGGGAAAGGGGGAAGCCAGACGCAAAGGGUGAUGGGAUAGGAUGGGAUAGAGAUGGGGCGGAUGGAUCAUGGGCCAUCAAGAUGCGGGAUUGAUUUUCUGGGCUAAGUCCCAUGUGGUUGCUGGGCGGUUCAUCAUUUCCCUCCCAUCACAUCAACGACGUAAUUCAUGCCUCCAGAACCAACGACUUAAUAGGUACAAGCCUACAUGUGCUGCACACCCUGCGAACGUUUCCCCCACUUACCGGGCGGUGCGCGCGUGGUGGUGCGUGAGGGUGCGCGAGGUGCGUGUGGAGGUGCGUGUGGAUGCGCGAGAUGGUGUCGAGGCAGAACCGCGACGUGCCCUAUGAUGGAAGUUGGAGCCAGAGGCGGGUGAUGAUUUCACGGUGCCGGCGUAAAUUUAGAGCUCUCAACGCCAGUGGCCUGCGCUGCCCGUACUUUGAUAACUGGUCAAGAAGGAGGCGAGGCCUUGGCAGCCAUCCGUGCUUGCCGGCUGACAGGCUGACUUGCAACGAAUCUUCAACUUCAGGAAGGCGCCAAUGUCAAAAUGGUGGCUUGCACAGGUUUUGCACCGAGCCACUGAGCUUCCAGGGAACACACGCGGCUGCAAAUUUCCAAGUUUUGUGCCUCCCCCACCUCGACGUCGGUUUCGCAAAGCCUUCUCAUCCAAACGCCCGGCCCCCCUCCACUAUCGUCUUCUCGAUCAUCAUGACCCAACAGCCAGCGCCGAGGCAUCCUCCGUCUGUCUUUGGACUCACCCCAGCAAAGCUUGAUCGGGUCUGGGUCUCCAAAGACCCCGAAGGAAUGUGACCCUCCUCGUCGCUGUCGUUUCUGGGGGCCGCUGCCACCCCUUCCCACGUUAGCCCGCCCGCUGCACA